CCCUUCUUCCCCACGAAAUCGUCGCCACCUGCGCCAGAAAAGGCGGACGGCGCUCCCUUCCGACCCGCAGCGUUCGCCGCCAGCGAUGGCGCCGAAGAUCCGCCUCCCCGCGGCGGCCCUGUCCAACCGCUGGGAGGAGCCCCAUCAAGAUGACUGCUGCGACACUGCCUGCCGCGCAUCUACCUUUUCUUUGACCGCCGCUCAUAGCACUGGAGGUUUGCUCGCGAUCUCGAUGAUCUCCGCCAUCUUACAGGAGCAAUCUCAGAGUGACGCAGAUCCGAACAGGAGAUCUCUGGGGCUCUUGGCCCAGCCGUUGGCAGCAUUUGCGGUGCUACCUUGCUUGGGCACCUUGCUGGUGAAGGCUCCUGAUGUGGUGAAAGCCCUGCGGCUUCUUUGCAGCAGCGCCUUUGUCCUGUGCCUUCUGGUGGAUUUGAUGCUCCCAAGCCUCUUCAUGACCACCCACAAGGUGUCCGACGCGCUGCCGGUCCUGUCGAUGCUUCUGGGUUUCUGUGAAGGCGGCGUCAAGUUGGCCUUGCUGAGCGUCUGUGAGAAUCAGGCGGUGAAGUGCAACGAGGCCACCCGUUUGGCCGAAGGCUUUGCCGCUCCUUGGACGCUGAAACAGCUGGCGGGGCGGAGCGCCCAUCGGAGCGCCCUGAAAGAGGAUGAACAUGGGGAGGUGGCCUACCUACUGAACCUGUGGGGCAAAUCCUUGGGCGUGGCAAUGGCCUUGGCCCCAUGGGGCAAAAACGGCUACUUCACGAACUUCACCAGUGAGAAGUGUGUGGCCGGCAGCACGUGCAUGAGAAUGCAGAUUUGUGGUCUCCUGUGCAUCCCCUUCCAGCUGAUUGCGCUGGUCUUGGCAUUGCGCCUGCCGGGCGACCGGAAGCGCUGGCGGAACUCGCCGAGUGCGAAGGUCCAAGAGGAGGCCGAAGAGAGAAAUGCCGAAAAUGAGUUGGAUGAACUCUUUCAGGACCCUGGUACCAACUUGGCGCUGGUCUCCAGUCUGCUGUGUGGCAUCGCAUUGCUUUGUGCCAGAGAGCGAGCAAAGGUCUUCAGUACACCACUAGGCCGCUCUGAAGCGUGGAAUGGCCGUUUGCUUUCCUCGCUUUUGGCAGCUGCUAUGGUGCCGCGUCUCUUGCGCAGCCUCGGGGCUUUUGGAGCAUGGCUGGUCGCCGCCGUGUUGACUGCUGCCAUGUUGCUGGUCUCGCCCAUGGUCGCAGGUCUGUGGGGCGAAGUCUGGGCCGCGCUGGCCACGGGCGUUUUGCCCUUGUUCUUCUUUGCUUUGCCCCUGGUGGUGCUGCUGCGCCGGGCGCGUGCCCGGAACCGGGUUCCGACCCUGGCCCUGGCAUUGGGGCUGGCGACGCAGAAAGGGGCGCUUGUGCUGUGGAAUCUCAUAGAAUCCUUUGUGGUGGGCCUAGAGCCUUGGCUGGGCGCACUCUGUGGCAUUUGGGCGGCCGUGCUGUGCAGCCGGGCGUUGGUCUGUGACCGUGACGGCCAACUUCCGAUGGGCUCCUCUACCCCAGCCACGGUGUAGUCCGAUGGGCGAGUCGCGCUCGCUCUCGCGCUCGCGCUCAGUUCAGUGCUGAUAGACCGGGGUUCGCCAGGCAUCAGACCAAGCAGUGGAUGGGGU